AUGAGAAAUUUCAGUGCAGGUCAUGUACAGCAGUUUAUCCUGGUGGGGUUCCCUACCUCGCCUCUCUUCCAGCUUCUUCUCUUUGGCCUGUUCCUUGCAAUUUAUCUAUUGACAUUAUUUGAAAAUGCCCUCAUCAUCGCCACCAUCUGGCUCACUCAGAGCCUGCACCGUCCCAUGUACUUCUUCCUUGGCCAUCUCUCAUUCCUGGAACUAUGGUAUGUCAAUGUCACUGUGCCUCGGCUCCUGGGAGCCUUUCUCACCCAGGACCGCAGAGUCUCUUUUGUAGGCUGCAUGACCCAGCUCUACUUCUUUAUUGCAUUGGCUUGCACGGAAUGUGUCCUGUUGGCAGUCAUGGCCUAUGACCGCUAUCUGGCCAUCUGUGAGCCCCUGCGUUACCCCUGUCUCAUGCCUCCCAACCUGGCCACUCGCCUUGCUGCUGCUUCUUGGGGCAGUGGAUUCUUUAGCUCCAUGAUGAAGCUUCUUUUCAUUUCCCGACUCUCCUACUGUGGACCCAAUAUCAUCAACCACUUUUUCUGUGAUAUCUCCCCACUCCUCAAUCUCACCUGCUCUGAUAAGGAGCAAGCAGAGAUAGUAGACUUCCUCCUGGCUCUCGUGAUGAUUCUACUCCCUCUGUUGGCUGUGGUUGCCUCAUACACUGCCAUCAUUGCAGCUAUCUUGAGGAUUCCUACCGCCCAGGGGCGCCAGAAAGCCUUCUCCACUUGUGCCUCCCAUCUGGCAGUAGUGGUCAUUUACUAUUCCUCUACUCUUUUUACUUAUGCACGGCCCCGAGCCAUGUACACCUUCAACCACAACAAGAUCAUCUCUGUGCUCUAUACCAUCAUUGUCCCCUUCCUAAACCCAGCCAUCUACUGCCUGAGGAACAAGGAGGUGAAGGAUGGCCUCAGGAAGACAGUGCUUGGUAGGUGUUACUGUGCUAGUGAUGUCUCAGACUGA